AUGAGUUCGCUGGCGAAAAUAUCUCCGGAAGUGCUGGUGCUGGCGGUGGUCGGGGCCAGUGUUCUGGGGUAUAGCUUGAAAGUGGUGCUGACGAGGGUUGUUGGACACGUCGUGGAGGUCGGGUUGGGCGUGCUGGUGGCCGCUGGCGUGUAUGUACUGGCUAUUUUAUGGCUUCCAGAGCUUCAGGAGAGGAAGAGAAAGGAGUCAGGUGAAAGGGGAGAGAGACUGGUGUUUCGACAGUACGCGUUUGUUGAGAAAUCGAAAUGGACCCAGGAACUGAUUAAUCUGUCUUCAGAUAAAUCGUUGCCGACACCGGUAUUCCCAGACUCGUUUGUUCUGUCGGAUUCGAUUGAUGGACUGUUAGAACUUAUUAAUAGAGACUUUAUUCAGUCGUGGUAUUCGAAGUUUUCGGGUGACAAAGUGUUUAGUGCAUCUGUGGACCGGUUGUUACGUAUCGCUACAGGUGAACUUGGUGAACGUCUGGCAAAGGUGGAAUGGGCUGAUUUCUUGGUCGGUUCAGUGAUGCCGCUGGUCACAGACCAUUUUUCUCGCUAUGUGUCUGCGGUUUCUGCGAUUAGAGAGAAGUCGUCGGGUGGUCAUUUGACCCCGUCGGCUGAGUUGGAUGCUGAAAUCGCUAGUCAGUAUCGACAGAAACUUCAUGUACAUGGUCCUUUUCUUACUAAGAAUUUCGAGUAUGAAGGACAGAGGAAAAAAUGGCUUGCUGGUCGAGUGGAAAAGAUUCUGCCUCUUUUGUUUUCGAAAGUCGCCGAAGAAGGCGAAAUGCAGUCGAAAAUUGUUACUAGACUUGUCACUGAAAUAGUCGCUAAUUCUGUCCUGUCGCCCAUUUUACAAAUGACGUCUGAUCCAGACUUUUGGAACCAGAUUGUUAUUCGGUCUGCCGGAUCGACUAUCCAGGACCAGAACAAAGUUAAUCGAUUGCGUGAGGCACUUGACCAACACACCGGUUCAACAACUGUGACUGGUACUAGGUCGAGACUUAAAGGCAUGCCACGUCAGGUUCGUCUUAGAUUCAGUCCAAAUUCUGACCAGAAUAAAUUUGACAAAUUUAUUAGGAACAUUUAUAAAUGUCAAUCAUUAGCUGAGGCCAGACAGACGAGGUAUUCCAUAUCAGUUCAACUACAGCGGGCUGUGAAAGACGGGAAUGACAAAGUGUUUAUUAGUCGUCUUGAACAGGCCAAAGCUGCCAUUGAUAAACAAAUUGGAAUCUUGUCGGGUAUACCCAGUACCUCAAAACCAGCUUCGCAUCAGAUUGACGCUCCAACUGCUCCAUCGUCUCUUGCAGUAGUUCCUAGUACUGUGGUAAUGAGCAGCAUGGGCCGGUCGUCGCCAGCACCAAUGUUCGCUAGCUCUUUACUGAGUCCAUCGCCUAAAAAUGAGAGAAUGGCCAAUUCUGCCACCAAAUCGGUCCCUGCGGCAGCAGCAGGAGCUGCUGCUCCUGCUGCUUCUCAAGAAGAUUACACAUUGCUUGAUAUUUUAAACGACUCGGCAUGCUCACUGUAUUUCAUGGAGUACAUGGACCAGCGGAGACAUACUGAACUUCUGCAAUUUUGGCUCACUGUAAACAGUUUAUGGAAACAGGGUGAAGAUGACCAUCUUCUCAGUCGCCAUGAUACGCCUCAUCAACAGGAUCCUUUGGGAGGACUCAGCAUCGGCGAUGCAAAGGAGAACAACAACAGUCCUAAUAUCGAACAAGACGAACUGUUUAUUGAUGAUGGCACUAGUAAAGCCGAUAUUUUACAAAUAUACUACAAAUAUUUUGCCAACGACGCCCACCGGUUAAAGGAAAUCACUCCUGAAGCAUAUCAACGGGUGUCAACAUUUGUGAACACGCCACAAGCCACUGUCUCUCAGUAUAAACUAGCUCGACAGGCGAUAAUGGCCACUCAACAGACUAUUUAUAAGACACUGGAAGCUAAGUACCUACCGAAAUUCAAAAACUCGGACCUGUACCUCAAAUACCUUGCAUCUAAUCCUCCACCAAUCAACAGAAUCAGCUCAACAAUAGACAAUUUACAGAUGGAUGCUAUUACCACUGAUGAUAACAGCGUCCUUGUCAAUCCAGCGCUCGACAAAACGCAAAACGCCAAAGUUGUAAUGGCGGUAGAAGAAGCAUUCCAAGAUAUUAUGAGUGGAUCCACCAGUUCAUUAACACCUCAGACAAACUCAGCAACCCAGCUUAGUCCGUCAUCUACUAGCCCAAUUGGAAUCAAAACCAGUAAAAAGGACAGAGCAGGGCUCAGCGAGUUGUUAGGAGAAGAAAACGAUGCACCCACUAGAGAGAAAAGAAGAGGAGCAUUGUUUGAUUCCGAAGAUGAAUUCGACGAGGAAAACUCUGAUGAUGAUAAUAAUGAAGAAGAAUUUUCGCUUGUUGGUGGAGAAAGCUUUCCAGAUGUACAUCUCGCAGCACCAGGUGAUCUUGGCCUGACCGAAGCUAUUACCAUGCUGUCGAAAGAGAUAGCUAAUCUAUACAGCCAAGAAGAAGUGGUUGAUUUUCUGUUGAAAAAAGCCGAGCUCACGAAUAACCAGAGUCAACUGCGGAUUCUUCAGAAAUCAAAAGCCAGUUUGGACAGAGAAAUCCACCGAAAAGAGCUUCAGAGACAGCAGUAUAUUGUACAAGAGAGCGAAAACAGUUUGUACGGCAAGUCGGACAUUUUCAUCCAGUCAUAUGUCCAUGGUAUUGAAGACGGAGGCGAGUAUGUGUUGUAUAUUAUCGAGGUUCAGAAGCUCGAUGCUGAAGGCAAUCAGACUGCCGGAUGGAUAGUUGCUCGUCGAUACAGUCAAUUUUUUGAUCUCCACCAGCAUCUGAAAGACCAGUUUGCCGGAGUGCGAAAACUUGAUUUCCCACGUAAACGGGUGUUUCUCAAGUUCCAGCCAAAGACACUAGUCGAUGCCAGAAGAGUGGCCCUUGAAAAGUAUCUCAAAGAGCUACUCAAAAUGCCUGACGUGUGUCAAAGUAAAGCAUUCCGGCUGUUCCUGUCAUCCGAAACGUUCUCAGUUGACUCUCUGGCACCGUCAACAGCCGAUUCUGGGUCUCCACAUGGAUCACCCAGUCUUUCCAGCUCAGCUCUCAGUUUUGACUCACAAGACGACUCCAUCUCGAACUCGUCACGUCGUCGGGCCAUCCCGUCCAUUCUCGUAGAAACUGACAGCGGGCUGGCAGACGAAGUGGCUGCUACGAAGGCAACCACGGGCCGUAACCAGUUCAUACAGCCAAUUUGCAAUCUGUUUAUCGAAGUAUUUGGCAUCGAUGCUGGCGACAACUGGCUAAGAGGCCGUGCUGUAGUCGUGGUGCUUCAACAACUGUUAGGAGGAACAAUCGAGAAAAAAGUACGAGACGUUGUUUCCAGUCUAACCUCUGUCAAAUCAGUCACAGACGUGAUUCAAACCGUCCGCAACUCUGUGUGGCCUGGCGGGUCACUCAAGAAAUCAGCCCCUCCUCGAACAGCAUCUGAAAAGAUCAAAACGCGCCACGACGCCAUGAUUCUGCUGCAACAGCUCAUCUACAACGCGUCAGCACGAGUCAUCGGCGGGUCCAGCUCGCGAUACGCAGCACGCCAUCUCUUCAGCAUGUACCAAAACCAGAUCCUCAACACAUACCUCGUCUUCAGCCUGACGGACAUGCUCCUCAAAGAGCUAUUCCCCGAACUCACACAAGACGACGACGGCAGUCUGUAG